UGUGUUUGAAUUGGUCAUGUGAAAGUUGCUAUAAAAGGGAGACCAGGAUAAUCAUCAGUUCACUUUGUUUUCACGGGGCUGCUGAGCCAAGAUGAAGGUCAUUGCUCUCUUGGCACUUUGUGUGACCCUGUUCGGCCAGGGAUACAGCAACUCCCUGGACUCGUGUCGGGGUCGGUGUGGUUACGGGACAGACAAUAGUUUCUCCUGUCAGUGUAACCCAUCCUGUGAGCGCUUCGGAGAUUGUUGUUCCGAUUAUGUCGAACUAUGUGAAGCUGGAGCCACAUCUUGCAAAGGCAGAUGUGGGGAGAAAUACAAUUCUCAGAACAAGUGCCACUGCAACUCCAAGUGCGCCCAGUACAAAAACUGCUGCAGCGACUACACCGACCUCUGUGACAGUGAUGGGGGAGGUGGUGGCGCUGGAGGUGCUGUGAUCACUGAUGCUGAGAUCAAGGCCGUCUCUGAGACACUUUUUGCUCUGGACUCGAACAAGGCUUCAGCCUCAGAGUUGAUUAUUGACCCUCAGGCUUUGGUGCACGACUCUCAGACAAGCUCGCAGAAAGAUCUCUCCUCUAGGCCCUUGUUCCGCUACCUGGACGAAGGGACUCUUUUCUCCAGACCCACGUAUGCAGCUCUCCUGUCUGUGCUGGACAACUACCACAGGAUGACUGGACAGGCGGAGGACUUCAGCCCUCAGCAGCUUGCUGAGCAGGAGGCUUUCAUCAAGGAGGCCAUGUCCAACACUGAGCUGGGCCGGGAGCUGUUUGCCUUCCUUUACACAAAGGGUGUCUAUGCGUCCGAGGAAGAGUUCAUUCAGGAUCUGAAGAUGAUGUGGUUUGGUCUGUACUCCCGCAACAACAAAAAAAUGGACUCUAGUGGCUUUGAACACAUCUUUGCAGGAGAGGUCAAGGGAGGAAAGGUGUCCGGGUUCCACAACUGGAUCCAGUUUUAUCUUCUUGAAAAAAGAGGACAACUGAACUACUACAGCCACAGCUUCGAUGGGCCUUGGACGACCUACCCUGAUGUCAUGGGGAUGCAGUUCAAGUGGGAAGGCUACUUUAAGCAGGUCGGAUCUGCAGUCAUUGGCUGCAGCCCUGAAUUUGAUUUUGCCAUUUACAGCCUCUGUUACAUCACUCGCCCUGGGAAACAGUGUCGCCUUAGCCUGGGAGGAAAGGAGCUCAUUAUCCAAACCUACACCUGGGAUAAUUCUUUCUAUGGUAAUGGAAAGAAGUUCAUUGGCUCUGCCUUCCCUGCAACCCCUAGGAACUGAAGCUGCCACCUGCAAAACAAUAGGCAACUUAAAGAGCAGUCUACCUCUCAUUCAUUAGAAAAUUAUAUAAAUGCUUUGAAAUAAUAUAACCAACAGAAGCACCUAUCUCAGUGAGAGGUGUCAAUAAAUACAUACCACAAUUUGUCUUCUCAAAAGUUAAACGGUAUGAAUAAAGUUAUUCAAAACAUUCUGGUAA